AUCGGAAUUCAUCACCAUGUCGUCAGUCACUGUUUUAAUGGUGGCUGAAAAGCCUUCACUUGCCGAAGCCAUUUCGAAACUGCUUGCACCAGGCGGCCACUACGAGACGGUUAGAGAGGCGACGCCCGUGCACAGCUGGAAAGGAACGUUUAAGGGCCAGCCUGCCUUGUUCAAGUUCACGUCCGUAACCGGACACGUGUAUAACAUUGAUUUUACUCAAGAAUUCAACUCAUGGGAGAUAGAUCCACUUCGUCUUUUUUCAGCGCCAACGAAGAAGCUAGAAGCCAAUCCCAAAAUGCACCUCUGUCGACAUCUACAAAGCGAGAGUAAAGGCGUCGAUUACCUGGUGCUAUGGCUGGAUUGCGAUAGAGAAGGCGAGAAUAUUUGCUUCGAGGUGAUGGAGAAUUGCGUUCCGAAAAUGAAACAGCCUACCAAUCAAGGGAAGAUGAGCCAUGUCUACCGAGCAAAGUUCUCAGCUAUUACCGCCACUGAUUUGAAGAAAGCAAUGGAAAAUUUGGUCAAACCAAAUGAAAAUGAAGCGAGGGCUGUGGACGCACGUCAGGAAUUGGAUUUGAAGGUUGGAGUCGCCUUUACGCGCUUCCAAACUCGUUUCUUCCAAGGAAAAUACGGCAAUUUAGAUUCAGCAGUCAUUUCCUAUGGACCUUGUCAGACUCCCACUCUCACUUUCUGCGUACAGCGCCAUGACCUGAUCCAGCAGUUUACUCCAGAAACAUUUUGGACAUUGGCUGUCACCGUGACAAAGUUAAAUGCUCCUAUCAAGCUAACCUGGGAACGCGGUAGACUUUUUGACAAGCAUGUCACAAGCAUGCUUUUGAAUGCAUUACAGAAGGAGAGCGAGAAGGGUGCAAAAGUUAUCCAAGUCAGUAGCGAGAAGAAAUCAAAGUCAAGACCGCACGCGCUCAACACUGUCGAACUUCUUAAGCAUGGAUCAUCCUUUUUGGGCAUCAGUCCGUCAGAAUGCAUGAGCAUUGCUGAGAGACUGUAUAUACAAGGUUACAUUUCCUACCCCAGAACGGAAACCUCCUCAUACCCUACGUCAUUCGACCUAGACGAAGUUCUCGAAGAGCAGUGCAGGCAUCCAUUGUGGGGAAAUAUAUGUUCAGAUUUGCUUCGAAAUGGGUAUGACAGACCGACUGGCGGUAAAGACGUUGGUGAUCAUCCUCCAAUUACUCCGACUAGAAUGGCGGACGAAGCUGAAUUAGGCGGAAAUACAUGGAGAGUGUAUGAUUAUAUAUGCCGUACCUUCAUUGGUUCUUUGAGCCCGAAUCUCAAGUACAUUCAAACUAAGGCACUUAUGGCGAUCGGUAAAGAGAAGUUUGAAUGCUCAGGUGUUCAAGUGACAUCUUUAGGAUUUGCGUCCGUUAUGCAUUGGUUGAGCAAAGCGAAUGAAUAUCUACCCGAAUUCACAGAAGGAGAGGUGGUACCUGUACUUGACACGAAAAUUGCUGAUGGUCAAACUAGCCCUCCUGAUUAUUUAACGGAAUCUGAGCUGAUUGAACUAAUGGAAAAGAAUGGCAUUGGAACCGAUGCCUCCAUUCCUACACAUAUCAACAAUAUUUGUCAAAGAAACUAUGUACAAGUUCAAGGAACGUCUCGAAAAUUGGUCCCUACCAAUCUAGGAAUUGUUCUCAUCCAUGGCUAUCAAAAGAUCGACCCGGAGCUAUCGCUACCAACAAUGCGGUCAGAUAUCGAGCAACAGCUCAGUUUGAUUGCAUUGGGACAGGCACCUCAUGUAGAUGUUUUAAAGUAUUUUUUGGAAAUGUUUGAGCGAAAGUUUGGAUACUUUGUCAAACGAAUUGAAGGAAUGGACGAGCUGUUUGAGGCCACAUUCUCGCCUCUCGCAUCGACUGGAAAAGUAAUGUCAAAAUGUGGAAAGUGCAAGCGAUAUAUGAAGUAUAUCGCACUAAAGCCAAACCGUCUGCAUUGCAAAACUUGUGAUGAGACAUACUCUCUUCCUAUGAAUGGAAAUAUCAAGCUUUACAAAGAACUGCGAUGCCCACUAGACGACUUCGAGCUUGUUCUGUUCUCAACAGGAUCAAAAGGAAUAGGCUAUCCCAUAUGCCCUUACUGCUACAACAACCCGCCAUUUGAGAAUGUAAAGAAGCACACUGCUUGCAACCAUUGCCCUCAUCCGUCAUGUAAGCACUCCAUGGUUAAAAAUGCGGUUGGACCAUGCCCAGAGUCCGAACGAGAGAUAGACCCGUGUCCGGGUCGCCUCAUUUUGGAUGCCACCUCAGCGCCGCGAUGGAAGCUGAGCUGCAAUGAAUGCAACGUUGUUUCAAGCUUCAUUGAUACGGUCAAACAUGUAACGUUACUGGAUGACGUGUGCGAAUGCGGGUCUACUUUACUCAAAGUAGAGUUUAGAGAAAACGCCGGCAAACCCCCUGUUGAAGGAUGCGUGUCUUGCGACGAUGAAGUGGAAGCACUGCUAGAAACCCGAUUUGCCAAUAGGACAGUUAAAAGAAAGUUUGGAAGGGGACGCGGAAGAGGUCGUCGAGGUCGUGGACGCGGCAAAUUGGAUAGGCUGUAUGCCGAUAUGCGCUAAUAGACAAAUAAUAUUAAAUAUUGGAAACUAGGAGUUUUCCUCCUCACCACCAGACUCGAGCCCCCUCUUGAAUUAUUGACGAGGUUUAUUCAUUGAAAUGUAAUGUGAAAAAGAAUGAAAUGGAGUUAUGGACAAAGAGAA